AAAAAAGAAAUUGAAAUUAAACAUCUAAGAGAUACUUAUAAAAUCGCCAUUUAUGGCUCAAAAACAAAAAUUCAUAUUUCUGACUGCUCAAAUGGUAAAAAUGCUAAAAAUUCUUCAAAUGAAUAUGGAACCACAUUCUUAAAGAAUAAAAAAUCAACUUUAUCAUUAAAUGAAUUUAACGACAAAGACCCUGAAGAGUUAUUAAAUGAAUUUAACGACGAAGACUUUGACCAUGACCAUUCAAGUAAAUAUGGGACUACAAUCUUAAAUUCAUCAUUAAAUGUAUUUAACGACGAAGACUUUGAAGAGCAACCGAGUUUAUUAAGUCAAAUUUUAAUUAAAUUUAACAACAAAGAUUCUGAGGAACAUAAAAUAUAUUUAAAACUGAUAUUUGAGCUGCAAAAUUGUGAAUUGUUGAAACCUACAAAGAACUCAUUAAACUUUAGCUUAGAAAAUGAUAAAUAUAAAAAAGUCGCUAAUAAGUUAAGAGAAAAAAUAAAUACUUUAGUUAACAAUAUAAUUGAGCUUAAUGUCGAUAAAGAAUCAAAUAUUGAGAAUAAAGAAUCGAAUAUUGAGAUGAUAAAACAAAACCUAGUCGAUUGGUUGACAAAUAUAAUAAGUUUGGAAAGAACGAGAAGAUUAAAAAAAAAAUCUGGGGCCAAAAAUUUUCAGGGGUAUAUUUCCUACUUAAUCAGUUCUACCAUUAAAAUAUCUGAAAAAUAUAAAAGAAAUAUAUGGAAUUCACUUAAUCUGUUAAUUGCACUACUAUUAAAUGGAGUGAACUACGAGUCUCUUAUUGAAACUGGCGCCACGGCAAAAUUUUUUUUAAAAAUACCUGAAUAUGUUCGUCAAGAAUUUUACAAAAAAGUUACCCAGAAUGAAAAUUAUGAACCAAAAUCG